AGCCUUAAUAAUAAAGAUUCUCUGUUGUGUGCCAGGAUGUAAUGUACAAUAUAACAUUUUUACAUUUGAUGCUCAGUGCAGUUAAAUUUACCACAGUGCUUCACAUUCAAUAUAUACCGAGAAUUCCAGCGAAAUCACACGCUGUUCAAUGAGAGAUUUAUCAUGGGGUGCUUAACAAUGAAUUAUUUAAGAGUACCUAAUGUAUCAUGGUUUCCUGAGAGCCUAAUGUGUGCGUGUGUAUAUACUUACACAUAAAAUACCUAUGAGCCAUUAUAGAAUACCGGUUUCUGAGCGUAGGGGUUUCAAGUGUAAAUCUAGAGGAUGUUUAAAAAUAGGUGUCCUCCUGAAAAUGCAGCGGAGUUUUAGCAGGAAAAAAGCCUUAAUCUCCCCCAUUCGGAUACACACAGAGUCAUUUAAAAGGAAUCUUGUAGGUGAAACUCUUAAAAGUGUCUAAAUUCUGCUACGGAAGAUAUUCUCAAUGUGCACAUCAAUGUGGCAUUUCAGAUGUUGCUGAAAACUUUUUAAAAAACAUCCCUCCUUUGCAGGUUGGAGGAUAUUACUCUUUGCCUCCUACAAGCAAGCAUACAUAGCACUUUCCCCAAAGUUCUGUACUGAGUGGGUAUGCAUUUCCUUUGUAUGAUGGAAAAACAGACAGAAGAGGAUGAAGCGGUCUGGUGUGCCCAGAGGACACGGGCAGGGAACACACAGCCUGUCUGGCUGCCUUCUCGAAGCUGCCCUCAGGACUGUAAUUUCUACCACCUUGGAGAUGAGCUGGACCCAUUCUUUGGCCCCUACCUCUGCCCAUGUGAGGUGUGCAGGCUGAGGAACCUCUCCGGAUGCUUCUUCAGCUCAUGGUGGGAACAAUCUCAUGGGGCCAGACUCUUGGCUUUGCAUUGUGUUCUUUGACCCAAACUGCCUUCCAGAUGGAAGUUGUACAUAUUGAAGCGUGUAUCAGCUGGCACCAUCUGAUACAGAAUCACAGAACAGCCCAAGUUGGAAGGGACUCAUAAAUAAGGAUUGUGGACUUCAACUCCUGGCCCCACACAGGACUAUCACCCCAUUGUCCUCUUUGUCUCCUCUCCCCUAUCAAGGACCCGUCUUCUCUUUGCCACCUCGCUAAGUUGUUAUUCUAAGACAGUAGUGCUUGUUUGCAGAGGAAAGGCACCUAUCACUCUCCUGUACAUAAUGGUGUGCUGAGAGGACUGGGUUUUCACAUUGCUGGGUGACUUCUUUCAGUAAAACACUUUCCUGCUGGCUCCAGUGGGGUUGCUGUUGUCCACCAUUCCAUCUUGCAGAUGGGAGCACUGCUUUGAACUUGCUCGGGACCUCACAAAGAGAAUGUGGCCGGGGGACUUCCUUCACCACCAGCAGCAGCUGCACUAUGUCCCUGUUCUCAGGCACUGUAUGAGGAAGGGCAGCAUUUGGUGCUUCCUCCCUUAUUAAGGCAAGGCAACGACAACCUAAAGCUUUCAGGGAGUGGGUAGGAAGGGAAGAAUGCAGCGUGCUGCAAAGGCCAGUGGGACGGAUUCAAUAGGACAGCUGAACAGGACAAGUUGAAGUCUGGAGAUAAUUUCAGAGGUCACUUGAUCUCAGGUUAGCAACCGGUCAGAUCUGGAGGGCUAGUUUAAGCCAACAGCACCUGCUGGAUCAUAUUCACGUUAAUAUGAUCAGCCUGGUGGCAACUCUGUUCUUUAGCAGCAGCCCUAAAUCUGAAAGCCAGAGGGAGACGAACAAAGCCCCUUACCGGGGAGUUCAUCUCGUCUGACAAGAAGCAGGGGAAUGUUCUUCCUAGGGGUGCUCCCUGAGGGUCUGAUCCUCCCAUCAAUCUCUCAUUAGCAAUGGUGAUGCACACCACCUCCAGGUGGUUUGAAGGCGCGCUGUCCCCCUGGGCUUUUGUCUUCUGCGGAAGGAGCGCUGCUCCCGGGCAGGAGGCAGGGAGCCCACCGAGGCGCCUCGUCAGCCCUGAGCGUUUUCAACGUAGGGAUUAAGCGAGCUCAAGAGGGAAGAUGGCCGAGGCUGUGGCCGAGGGCCGGUCUCACGCCUGCACGCAGCUCUGCAGCCCGCUGCUCCGCACCUUCCCACCUCGCUUUCUCCCGUCUCGCUCACAAAAGCUUCGUGCGAUUAAACGCCGUUAGAUAAAGGGACCUCUGCAAAACUCAACACCUCUGCAGACGGUGAUCGCUGGCUCCCAACCCGGGCAAAGCACGAACCCCAGGACAGACCCCGAGGCUCUCCCCCCCACCAACCGCGGCGCCCGGAGCCCCUCCCAGCCCGAGCUGCCCGCCCCGCACAGCUGAUGGGCGCAGCGCAGCCCCCGGCCCCCUCCCACCUCCCCGCGGCCCGGGCCAAAAAAGGGGCGCCGCGGCGGCGAGCUCGACGCGCCUCCUCCUCGUAUUUCCUCCCCCGCCCACUUCCAGCGGCGGAGGGGCUCGCUGCCGCCGCCGGCUGCCGCCCGGCAUGAAAAGUUCCCGGCCGCAGGAUGCGCGGCGCGGCGCCUAUGGAUUAACUGACCCCUCUGACAAGUUUAUGGAGCUGCCACCUCUCUGCUUGCUGUACUUUUCAUUUCUGGGAGGAGAAAGCAGUGUACGAGAUUAGAGGAAAAUGCCUCGGACGAAGCAGAUACAUCCCAGAAAUCUCAGAGACAAAAUUGAAGAAGCACAAAAACAACUUAAUGGAAAAGAAGACCAACAAAGAGAAAUCACAGAUUCUGGUACUAGAGGAAACCAAGAUACAAUUAAGGGUGUGAAAAGGAAAAAAAUUGUGACUGAGAACCAUCUAAAAAAAAUACCAAAAUCGCCUUUGAGAAACCCUACGGAAGCCAAGGUUAAACAAAGUAUAGACCCUUCACCUCUGAAAGUUCUUCAGGAUGCCUCAGAACAUGCCACAGCACAGGAUCACUUACCUGUGCAAAAUGGAAAUCAGUGUACCAAACAAAAUGGGGGAGUGCUUAGUAGCGAGAUAAGCACUGAAACAACCAAAUCUGAGAUACCAAUGCGGACAAAGCUUUCAUCAACACCUCAGUCCUUAGACUUGAGUAAGAAGGCAGUGGAGGAUUCUGAUGUGAACCAGUUAAGCUUGCCAGAGAAGAAGUCUCUCUCCAAGUCUUUAUCAAGUAAAACAAAGACUGACAGUAAUGAAUGUAUUACUUUUGCUGAUGGUAGUACAUCAUCCCCAUGUACACGUACUGCUUUUGAUGUCUUAUUAAAAGCUAUGGAGCCUGAACUGAACACCUUAGCACAAGAGGGUCCCCCUUAUGGGAUGCAAGUAGAGAAACUGAGACCAAAUAAAACUGUAAGCACCUCUGCUAGUCUCGUGUCCAAUACAGUGAGCGUCCAGAAUCAGUCCACUUUAUCACAGAAUGAGUUUGCAACUGGACCUCGUUAUUUCCCAUGUACAUUAAACAACAUGCAUGUAGCAACAGCAGCCAAGAGUGCACAAGCACAGGUCCAGACCAUUUCUCCUUCGCAGGAUCUUGUUACUAAAACCAGUCAACAAAAUCACCAGGUUGUUGUGUGUCCAAGUUUCACUGGAUCUGUGUUGCAACAGCAGAGCCAAGAAAACCCCAAGCUCCAGCAGAUAUACAGCAUAGCAGUAACUUCGUCUGGCAUUCACACCUCAUCUUCCACAGUAACUCAGGUUUUUCCUCAAAACCAGUUAGUAACAAGUUCAUCUUCACCUUUGUCAGUAAACACGUCUAGUUCAACACAUUUGUCUAUAGGUCCCGUGUAUAAUUCAGCCCAGAUAGCAUCAGUUGUAAACCAUGGCGUGGAACAAAUAUGUAACCUCCUGAAAGACCAGAAGCCUAAAAAGCUAGGGAAGUAUGUCUGUGAGUAUUGCAAUCGGGCCUGUGCCAAGCCCAGUGUUCUCCAAAAGCACAUCCGAUCCCAUACUGGAGAACGACCUUAUCCUUGUGUGACAUGUGGAUUUUCAUUUAAAACCAAAAGCAAUCUGUACAAGCACAAAAAAUCUCAUGCUCAUGCUAUCAAACUUGGACUUGUCCUACAACCAGAAUCUGCUGGUCUCUUCUUAUCUCAUGACUCAGACAAAGCACUUAGCAUUAAUUCAGACGUAGAAGAAAGUGGUGAAAGUGAAGAUGAAGGCACUGCUGAUGAAAGACAAGACGAUCAGGAACUGGAGCCUGCACAAAUAAUAAAAGUCAUUUCAAGUGCAGAAACGUUACAGAAAGAAAGCCCUAUUCCACUAAGCAAUCCAGACUGUAUACCAGGUGAUUCUUCAUUACAUGAUACAGAACCACAAGUAAGGGCAGCUUUACCAAAAGUAGUAGUUCACCCUGUAAGUGUUUCUCCAUUAAGGGCUGAUAGCCCCAAAGUAAAAGACCCAGCACCUGAGCUUGCAGCAACACAGAGAAAAGGAGAUUUUAAAGCAACAGAUCUUCAGUCAAAUUUAACACAUACAGUGUCACUCAAAGACAGUGACAUAAAGCAACAUCAGAAAACAGAAAUGGGCUCAUUAGAGGAGCAGCUGGGAUCUGCAGUAGGAGCAGUGCAUGCUCAGCUUCAGAGACAGCAGGCAACAGAUUGUUCCCAAGAGCAGCAAGGAAAAUGUCUUUUGAGCCCUAGAAGUUUAGGUAGUACUGAUUCUGGUUAUUUCUCUCGUUCUGAAAGUGCUGAUCAAACAAUGAGUCCACCAGCUCCUUUCGUAAGAGGACUGCUGACCUCUGAGAAGGACUCAAAUAAGAGUUUGCCUUCUGUGCCACGAACAAGUGGAGUGGUAGCAUCAGUGGUGCAAACCGUUUGUGCUGAGAAAAAUUUAAUUCUUUCUGGCCAAAUGCGACCUCCCAUGGCAACAAAAACCCUCGAGGAGCGUAUCUCAAAGUUGAUUUCUGAUAACGAAGCUGUUGUGGAUGACAAACAGUUAGAUAGCGUGAAACCAAGAAGAACAUCUCUUUCAAGAAGAGGUAGCAUAGAUUCACCGAAAUCCUACAUAUUUAAAGAUUCUUUCCAGUUUGAUUUAAAGCCCAUGGGAAGAAGAACUAGUUCAAGCUCUGAUAUACCAAAGUCCCCUUUCACACCCACUGAAAAAUCAAAGCAAGUUUUUCUCCUCUCUGUACCAUCUCUUGACUGUUUGCCUAUUACACGGAGUAAUUCCAUGCCUACUACCAGUUAUUCAGCAGUACCUCCAAAUGUAAUACCACCCUCUCAUCCACUUCGAGGAAGUCAGUCAUUUGAUGAUAAAAUUGGUUCUUUAUACGAUGAUGUUUUUGUAUCUGGACCUGCUGCUCCACUGAACCAGGGUGGACAUCCUCGGCCUCUCGUUAGACAGGCAGCAAUAGAAGAUUCUUCUACUGGUGAAAGCCAAGUUCUUGGACCAGCACGAUCUGUAGAAGAAAGUUACCUGGGAUGUAAUUUAUCAAACGACUCUUUAUUGCAGAGAAGCAAGUCCCUGGCACAGGCACCAAAUUUAGAAAAAACAAAGAAGACCCCUCAGGUACGAGGAACAAUGUUUGAGUGUGAAACCUGCAGAAACAGGUAUAGAAAACUGGAAAAUUUUGAAAACCACAAGAAAUUUUACUGCUCAGAGUUGCAUGGACCUAAAACUAAAGCAGCAAUCCGAGAGCCUGAGCAUAAAACUGUUCCUAAUAGUACACAGCCUCAAAUUCUGCACUACAGAGUUACUACUUCAACUGGUGUCUGGGAACAGACACCCCAAAUAAGGAAAAGAAGGAAAAUGAAAAGUGUCGGAGAUGAUGAUGACCCACAGCAGAAUGACACAAGUGUGCCAUCAAAGAAUGCUGAAAGCCAAAGUAAGCCAGCAAAUUCUUCCAGUCUGUCAAAACACAGUGCAACAGUACUAGGUUCGCAACAACCAAGCAACCUUUUACUUCAGAGUUCACAGAUUCAGCUUGUGGCUCAAGGCACAGAUCUGACUGCCGAGACAAAGAUGUCUCCGCUCUCUGAAAAGCAGACAAGUUCAGUUAUGCAAGAAAAGGUGGAAUUGAAAAGACAAGGGACUGGCAUUUCGGUAAUACAGCACACCAAUUCACUGAGCAGAAAUAGUUCGUUUGAGAAAUCUGAAUCCUUUGAAAGAGUAUCACCAGUUUCAUCUCAAGAGCCCAACAAGGUUGCAAAACAGCUCUCUUUGAACACACUUGCAGUCCAAGAGGACAGACACUCGCAUCUGAAUACUUCCCAGCAUCAUCAGCCACUGUCAUCAGAAGCAGCUAGAGGGGAAGUGCAGGGAAGCCAAAUAGCUUCUAAUGAGAGAAGCAUCCCAGUGCAGCCAUCAAGACUUGUUCGCCAGCAUAACAUCCAGGUUCCUGAAAUACUGGUCACAGAAGAACCAGACAGGGAUCAAGAAAACCAGUGCAGCGAUCAAGAAAAGACAGAAAGAUUUAACUGGCCACAGCGCAGUGAAACACUGUCCAAGCUGCCAACAGAAAAACUCCCACCGAAGAAGAAAAGAAUUCGCUUGGCUGAAAUGGAGCAUUCAUCUGCUGAAUCCAGUGUUGACUCCACUCUUUCGAGAAGUCUGAGUCGAGAAAGUAGUUUGUCUCAUGCCUCCAGUUUUUCAGCUUCACUAGAUAAAGACGAAAUUUCAAAGGUGGACAAUCCUUCCAAAACAGAGCUUGUUAACAAGUCAGCAGAAUUCCUUAUGAUACCUGCUGGCUCUCACGUUCUGGGCGUGCCUGGCCCUCAUUACAGGGAAAUGAGGCGCGCUGCAUCAGAGCAGAUCAGCUGCACGCAGCCCUCAAUGGAGGUAGACUACAGGAGUAAGUCUUUUGAUUGUGGAAACAUAUCUCCAUCAAAACCUGCUUCACUCGCAGAGAUAGCUGCUCCAAAACUGUCGUCUGGAAACGGAGUUACUGGACAUGUGCCUCUGCUAGAAAGGAGGAGGGGGCCAUUUGUAAGACAAAUAUCUUUAAAUAUUGCUCCAGAAAGUCAUCCAGUUAAAUCAACUUCUUCAUUUCAGACAGCCCAUGCUACUGAUGUGCCAUUUCACAGGCUGCAGACCUCCAGCAAAUCCUUGGUGAAGUUUCCUUCAAGUACUCAGCAUUCGCAAACACACUCAAGGCCUCACUCAGCAGUUCAGAAUUGCAAUCCAGGUAAUAUGUCUUUGGUUCAGCAGCCUCUGGAUCAUGUUUUGAAUAAUCAAGGACAAACAUCUUCAGUGCAUCAGCUUUCCCAGACCUCUACCAAAAAAUCAGCCCAAGGGGGACAAGUGAAUACGAACACACUGUCUUGUCAUCCUGAUGAGAAGAGAGAUUGCUUUGCUCCAAAAUAUCAACUCCAAGUUAAAACAUUACAUAUAGGUCAGCCGUACUCUUCAAAAUUGCUAAAAAGUAAUCUGUCAAGUCAGUCUGUCUCAAGUCACGUUGGGGUGGAUCAGAACAUGCCCUCUUUUGAGCUGCAGGCUAAACUAUCUGACAGUAUGUCCAACCCAUACUCUGUGCCUCCUCUGAAACAGAUUAUCCCUAACAACUGCAGCAGUCAGUUACAUCAGAUUCCUCCUUUUGUAGUUCCUGUCCGUAUUCACAGUAGUAUGCCAUCGUAUGGCUUUGCAACUGUUACACCCCUUCCUCACAUUUUAGUGACUCAGGAUCAGGUAAGCCAGUCUGCUUGCAAAACAAAUGCUGUGACAUUGCCAACACUUGAAGGCAAAGCGCAGCUGCCAAAAUCUCACAAAGAUCAUAAGAGGACUUUGCCAAAUUCAUUUGAAUUUGAAAAUCCGCUACCAGAAAGUGGAACCAGAAACUCACCUUUGUCAAGCUCUUUGAAUAUUAUUCAGAAAGUGCCAGUUAGUGGACUCUUCCCUCAACAAGAAGCUACGGCUUCAAGUAAACGGAUGCUUUCCCCAGCCAACAGUUUAGAUAUUGCCAUGGAAAAACAGCAGAAACGUGUUAAAGAUGAAAGUGGAGCUGCAUGCAUGACAGAAGCUAGGCCACUGCAUCCACUGAAUGUUCGAUCUAAUGACCCUAUCGGUAAGCAAAAGAAACCUGUUUUGGUGAGACAGGUUUGCACCACAGAACCUCUCGAAAAUCACCUCUUAGAUCCUGAUGGUGUUGCACAGCAUGAAAAAAGCAGCAAAGCCAGUACUUCAGACCUGCUGUUGCCUAACCGUCAUUCAUCUGAAACUGGUGUUUCGGAAACUCUGAAGGAAUCAUCAGAAGCAGAAGACCUUAAGUCUUCAGCAUCACCCGUGUUUGUAGUUAGAAAACCAUCUGAACCAUCUCCAGUGAGUAGUCAGAGUUCUAUUGUAAAGGCAGUAAACAGCAGUCAAGAAAGAAGGUCCCCAGGUAAUAGUCAUGAGAGUGAGCUAAUCAAUAGCCAGGGCCAAGCAAAGCUACUGACUACGCUAGCUGUGAUGAAUGCAGGAGAAAUGCAGAGGUUGUCAUUUCCAAGCCUCAAGACCUCAACAAGUUUUACCUGGUGUUAUCUCUUGAAGAGGAAACCAUUACACCUGCUGCAAAGUGAUCAGAAGAUUUCAGCCUAUUCUACGUGGACCAUUAGUCCCAGCAAUCCCAAUCCACUAGGUUUGUCAACAAAGGUAGCUCUUUCUCUCCUCAACUCAAAACAGAAAGUGGAAAAACCGCUGUACACCCAAGCAAGAACUACUCAUCCCAGGUCGGAUAUACUGGUCUAUUCAAGCAAGUGGAAGAACAGCUUAACCAAGCGAGCGUUAAAUAGGAAAAAAAUAACUGCAUCUGAAUUCAGCAAUAAGGAAAGCUCCGAAUCGAGCACUGAGCAUGAUAAAGAAAAUUCCUUUAUCAAAAGCGAACCAAGAAGGGUGAAAAUCUUUGAUGGAGGGUACAAAUCAAAUGAAGACUAUGUGUAUGUCCGGGGGAGAGGAAGAGGGAAAUAUAUCUGUGAAGAAUGUGGAAUACGUUGCAAGAAACCCAGUAUGCUGAAGAAGCACAUUCGCACGCAUACAGAUGUCCGUCCUUACCAUUGCAAUUACUGCAACUUCUCCUUCAAAACUAAAGGAAAUUUGACAAAACAUAUGAAGUCAAAGGCACAUAGCAAGAAGUGCAUGGAUUUGGGAGUCUCAGUAGGCUUAAUAGAUGACCAGGAUGGAGAAGAAGAAUUUGGUGAGAAGCAAAGAUUAGGCUGUGAUCGGUCAGGGUUUGACGCGGAGGAAUCUGAUGGUGCAGAUGAAGAUGAAAAUGACAAUGAAGACGAUGAUGAAGACAGCCAAGCUGAGUCAGUCCUAUCCACAACCCCUUCAGUGACAGCCAGCCCCCAGCAUCACCCCUCUCGACACGGCCUGCAGGAUGCCACAAGUGCUGAUGAGGACAGCAGACUGCCGGACUGCUUUGGUGGGAUUCACACGGACUCCAUGGAUGGUCUCCCAAAAGCACUGCUCACAAAGAUGACUGUCCUUAGCGCAGCGCAGUCAGUUAGCAGGACCUCCAGGUCACCAGCAGAGUUUACCCACCAGGAAGAAAACGAAGACAAAGGCCAGGAGAGAGGAGCUGGUCCCCACAGUGCGGGUACUACACUGGUGGACUCUGCUCCUGCAUCUCCAGGUCGCCAUAUGUCUGUGGAUUACCCCGAUCCAGAAACAACUGUGGCCCACUCCUCAGUAGCAACCACAAUCCUUACAAAGAGCACGCCCUCUGCCAGCUCUCCCUCCUCACCCGCGGACCAGAGCCUGCGGACCACGACGGCAUCGCCCUACACUGAAAUCCAGGAGGAGAAGCUGCCCGGCGCCCCACUGCGCUCCGCCGAGUUGAGGCCAAGCCAGACGCACCUCUUCAGCCACCUUCCGCUGCAUUCUCAGCAGCAGGCCAAGGCACCCUACAGCAUGGUGCCAGUAGGGGGGCUUCAAGUGGUCCCUGCCGGCCUGGCCACCUACUCCACCUUUGUGCCCAUUCAAGCGGGCCCGGUGCAACUCACCAUUCCCGCCGUUGGCGUCAUCCACAGAACUACGAGCGGCCUCGGCGAGGUGGGUUGCACCGCCUCGGGUGCCGCCACGAAUCCCAUCGGGGUUGCCGAAGUGAACAGCGUGGUGCCGUGUAUUCCCAUUGGCCAGAUCAACGUGCCAGGCAUCCAAGGUCUCAGCACGCCCAGCUUGCAGCCUCUCCCACCCCUCGGCAUGGAGACGGUGAACAUCUUAGGUCUGACAAACACGAACAUAGCCCCACAGAUGCGCCCGCCUGGAAUCACUCUGAAUGCCGUGGGCCUCCAGGUGCUGACUGCCAGCGCUGCCCCCCAGGGCAAGCCCAGCCCUCAGGCGCACAUCCCGGGCUUGCAGAUACUGAACAUUGCCUUGCCCACCCUCAUCCCCUCCAUCAGCCCGGUCAGCGCGGAUGGGCAAGGAGCCUCCGAACCACCAGCUUCAGGCAGCAAAGCUGGUGACGUCCAGCAAGAGCCAGCUCCUGCCAGCUUCCCUGACGUGGGCCACGUGGCCAGGGCUGCUUCUCCUCAGGUGGUUGCCGGCGGCCAGCGGUACAGCGUGAAGAGCCUUGCAGAGCCUGCCCCUGCGAGUGACUAUGAAAGACUGGAUGGGCCGGGGAAGGGUGAUGCUGAAAAGACUGACCUCGCCGACCACAAUAAGCCAAAGUGCGACGUCUCUUCGGUUCAGGUCAAAAGGGCUUCCCCGGUACAGCCCCGCUCAAAGGUGAAUUCUGACGUUUUAACCAAGUCCCCGGUCCAUCGAACUGUCUCUCCGGAUAGACAGGUACACAGGCCAGCAGCAUUGCCCCGGAGGCAAAAUACGGUGCAGUUUAGUGAUGGCAGCAGUGACGAUGAGGAUAGACUCAUAAUAGCAACCUAGUUUUUGUUUUCCAUUGUGUUUAUUUUUUUAUAACACUUACAGGUUUCUUUGUAAACCUUCCUUUCCUUAAAGCACAUUUUUCUGACACAAACCCAUUACUAAUCUUUGUGCAAUCAUGAACUCUUGACCAAUAAUUGUUGUUUCUUGUCAGCUCCAGCCAUUUUUGUACAUGUUGUAUAGACGAUUGUGCCUUUUUGGAGUUUUAUGUUUAGAAACCUGUACAGAUUGUUGAAUAUAUAUAUAUAAAAUAUAUAUAUAUAAAAUAUGUAUAUUAAACCCAGGUAGUUGCUUGUGUUUAGUAAGUAAACAUCUUAUGUCAGAUAAAUAAAUGAUUAAAUUAUAUGUUGCACUGUUAAAUGUAAAUUUUUAUGGCUGUGGGACAAAGUUUCUGUGUACAGAUCUAGUAUGUAAAACUCCAUAUUUAUUGUAUCCAUAUUAGUCUUGGAAAAGGGUCUGUCCAUCUUUCUUGUGUAAGACGGUAGCUUUACACUUCAAAGAGAAAUACAGUAUCUGUGUUACGAAAUAUUACAGUAAAAUUUUGUUUACUGACUUUAUCAUUGCUUACGUUGUACCUUCUUGAUGCAGAGUUGGAGAAGUGCUCGACUCAGUCAUUUUAGUGUCUUUCCAAUUGCUUUCAGCUUAAAAGGAUUUGGUGAUGGCAUAUGCCCACGUGAUUUCACCUGCUGUAAGAGAAAGGGUACCUUCUUUAGGCAUUUGGAACAAAAGCUUCCACUGCAAAACAUCUGGCGAUGAUGAAGCAGGGAGGGAGUCCCUCAAGAUUUUUUUACAGUAAGCAUCCAGCAGCCCAAUUUUUUUCCUCUUCAUACCUUAAAUUUGAAAGCUUCCCUGAGGGAAGAGGGUCAAGAUGACAUAUUUUUGUAAUGUUGAACUAUAAAGCCACUUUUUAUUGAAAUUAAAAUAUUGUUAAACAAGAAAGGAAUAGUCCUAUGUCUGUUUUUAAUUGCAAAAUCUGCCUAGCAGUUGGUAAAACGAGACAAAGUUAAUUGUUCCCUAAAUUUGACUUUGCCUUACUCAUUCAGGAUUUAAAAAAAAAAAAAGGAAACAGGUUUUACACAUACAAUUCAUGUGCCCUUAUAUUGACAAACUCAUGGGCAUACAAGACAUGGAUGGAUCCCAGAGUCCUGCAACUGAAUAAAAAUUGUGUUUGCACACAGUGAAUACAGUUCAAGGGUGCUGUGAAAAUUUUCGUGUGUUCAGCUACUUGAGGAAAGAAGCCUUGCAUGCUUUAAGGAAAUGCAUUUGUGAAAGUUUCAAGCUGACCUGUGAUCUUCAAAGAGCUGUUUUUUAUGCUGUGCCCUUACAUCACAUUCUUGCAGUGAUAUAAAGUUUAUAAAACUAUUUUAACAAACUAAUUCCAGUCAAAAACUGGAGGAUGUCAAUCAGAAGCAGGAUUGCCUAUAAUAAAAAUAACCAGGAUGAGGGCUCACAAAGCAGCUGGAGGAAAAGGGUGGGAAGCAAAGCGUAAAAACAUCAGGAGCAAAGCUGAAUGAGAGCUGAGCUGUGUAGUUCACAGACCAACUCCUGCAUCCAGCUCAGAGAAGUAAAUCACACCUUGUAGUGCUCGUAUUCAGGAACGGCAGUAUUCAAGAUCCCUUCUUAGCCUUUCUUCAGCUUCCGUACUGUGCUUGCGUUGUGCUCGUUACAUUACUCCAUGAAGGUGUGUUGUGAAUCUGUAGGCGAUGUUGAGCGAGCUUUAUUAACUUUCAGAGCAGUUCAGAACCAGCAGAUCAUUUGUAUUACUGUGAUCAUCUGCCAGUUUUACUAAUCCAGCAAUUAGAAACGCACAUGCUAGAAAUGAGAAAUCGGAUCAGACGUGAACGUUCGUCACAUUUCUGAUUGUGUGGAGCCUCCCCUGAGGGCUGAGCACCCAAACCAUGAAGCACUCUCAACUCACAUUGAAGUUAAUGAGAGUUAAGAGUUCUCAGCACUCCGCAGCGUCGGACUUCAGAGUUGUGAGCGUCUUGUGUGCAGCCACGUGUAAAGUGUCACUGUGCUUUUGUAUGUUCUUUUUAUAAGCGUGUAGUGAUGUCAGUGUGUCUUACUUACAUCAUUAUCAUUU